AUGCAAUCUUCAACGAACCAAUUCGAUCAUUCAAAUAUCUCGCUCGGUGAACGGCGAGGCAAAUCAGACCUGGCUCGCUUUUCUCUUGAUCUGAGUUGGGCCAGAGCGGUACCCGACGGAGCUCAGUCUUGGGCAUACCCCUCUCCGCCCAUGUCAGGGUCUCCACCACUUCCCCCUAGACACAACCUGGAUUCCAGCGAUCGUGGUCAUGGAAGCUAUGGGUCAACAGGAAAUGUCUUCCGGGAUGGGCGCGUUCCUCAACAAGGGCACUUUGAUCAAAUGAGAGGUGUACCUUUGAGGAAUUAUCAGCCAGAACCCCAACUUUCAUAUCCACAAUACCAGAUGGAAGAUAUGUCGGCGCAAUAUCAAUACCAACAACCGCGAGCGCAAAUGGCGCCUCAUCAACACCCACACCCUCUUUAUGCCACCCAACAGGUCGCACCAUAUCCAGCACCAGAACGACCGUCAAUUGGAGAAGCCCCCGGCUAUACUUCCCCAAAAUCACAAAGAAAAACAAAAGGGCAUGUGGCAUGUGACGCUCAACGGCCAUGCUCCCGAUGUUUAAGCAACGGGAAAGAGGAUACCUGUGUAGACGUUCAACACAAAAAGAGAGGUCGCCCAAGACUAAGGGACGAGCGCGAUUCUCGGUACGAAAGCACUGGAUCGAAUUAUCCGCCACCGGCAGACACGUUGAGAAGGCCGCUGUCGAUGUUCUCCGCUGUAGACGUUUCGAUAACAACUCCAUAUUCCGACGCCCAGAGAAAUAGUGGGUAUAGAGUAUUGAAGUCACAAGGUGGAAAUCCGAUGAAUCACUCAAUGGUUCCAACCCCAAUCCCAAUCAACACUAACGUCUAUGGGGAAGCAAUGCCGACAAAUCAGCGUAUGACCCCCUAUGAACCGGCCUGUGCAUUUCUUACCAUGGAAAUGCAAAUCGCCAAGACAACGCAGGCUUUUUCCGGAGUGGUUGGUGCACAUUCAGUCGUGGGCAGGAAACUGCAUGAUAUUGUGAGUGUAAGCGAUCGUGAUAAGAUUUUUCGAUUACAGAGGGGAUUCGAAGAUGAGCGUCGUAGUAGAGAUCCAAGUUACCUCCCUCCAAUCUUUUCCAAAGAAGAGGAAGAUAGGGUUAUUCAAUCCUUGACAUUUGCCACCAACGAAAUAGGGCAAUUAAGGACCGAUCGCCCAGAAGUCUUUACCUUCCAGACACCGGAUGGUCAACAAAGGGGCUUCCAUGUUCAAUUAGGCCUUGCGAAGAAGGACUCGAUUUAUUUUGUGCUCCUGAUGGUUCAUAUCCCAACAACUCCACAACCAUAUCAACAAUCAUCUUCUUCACCAUAUUCGAGAGACUCGGUAUCUCGUGAUUCUACAUAUGGUUACCAAACACCCAGCCAGCUGACGUAUGCCUCUCAAACUCCGGGGACCUCACCAUUCAUGUCAAACCCUUCCUUCGGCGGUGAUAUGUUGGCUUAUCGAACUCCCGGGGCUCUAGGACAAAACGGUGGCAUGUCGAAUAGUGCCCCUACUUAUCCACAGGCUCAAGCAAGACCCGAAUAUUCCCAGGCUCAAAUGAACUAUCAGGCACCAAUGGGCGAAAUACCAUCAGCUCAGCCUCAAGCACAGCCGCAAGGCCAAACUCAAAGGUCGUCAGAUCUUCAAUUGCCUCCGAUACGUGGACAAGCACCUGUGGCGGACGCUAGGGGGCAGAGUGAUCGCAGUGGUCGGGUCGAUAUUGGCGGUCUUUUGCAAAAUCCUGAUCCUUCACGAAGAAGGAAAUAA